GCAGUCGCAACCAAAACGAAGAGAUGGACCGUCAGCUCUUUCCCGAAUAGCGAAGCAGCACUGCAGAAGAGCUACUUUGACCGAUUUUACCGGUGUUUGUUUGCAGACAGCAGUAGUAAAGAGAGCUGUGGUUCAGCAGAACUGCUUCAGUAGUAACACUUCACUUCCACAUCGUUGCAGCAUUAAUGGUAAUGCAUGCAACGAAUCCAUCCAGACUCAAUGAUGGGUGUAAUGAUCGAAGAGAUCCUCAAGCCUACCAGUCUGUCAAAUACCAGUCAAAGAGUCACUCAGCGAAUGACCAUCGCCAUGACAAGAUGCGAGAUUCGGCAGACUCCACGCCACCAACUAAAAUGCUGCGGCGAUCAGACAGUCCAGACAAGCAUAGUGACGGGACGGGGCACAGUCAAACGAAAGCGCUCCACGUUCACCGGCCCCGUGAGAGAGACCACCCCCGUGAUCCAACAGAUGACUGGUCAGAGCAUAUCAGUUCAUCCGGAAAAAAAUACUAUUAUAAUUGCAGAACAGAGGUCUCUCAGUGGGAGAAACCUAAAGAAUGGCUGGAGAGAGAGCAGAGGCAGAGAGAAGGUGCCAAGACGAUGGUUAACAGCUUUCCCAAAGACAGAGAUUAUAGACAAGAAGCGAUGCAGGCCAGUGCCACAAGUGCCCUCAGUAGUUCAAAAUCCUCUUUAGCAGAGAAGCCAUUGUCAAACUCUGGUUAUUCUCAGCCUUCGUCCAUCGUUCCCUCCAGCACAUCCAGCUCCUCGUCCUCGUCCUCCUCCACAGUGCCUGUGUCUUCAGCCUCCACCCUCCUGCAGGAUCCGGCACUCCUCCGACAGCUGCUGCCAGCGCUGCAGGCCACCCUGCAGAUGAACCACGGCAAUGUAGACAUGGGCAAAAUUAAUGAAGGUAACUGCUAAGUGUUGCAUAGUUUUUUCACUUGUGUAGAGAGAGUUCACUUAUAUGAAUUCACUUGAUUAUUUUUAUUUUGACUUAUGGUUGCAUUUGUUUAGGCCAUUUGUAUGCAAAAUUGCUCUUGGAGAGCCGGCGUUCCCCAUAUUUUAAUUCUAAUCACAGUUAAACACACCUGAACCAGCUAAUCAUGCUCUUUAUAGGUGUACUAGAAGCUUCCAGGGUGGUGUGUUGGAGGACGUUGGAGCUAGUUUAGCAGGACACCGGCCUUCCACCCCUGGUUUAGGCCCAAUCCCACUUACAGCUCUUAGCACUUCCACUUACCACCCAGUCAUCAGUUUAUACAUCAUGUGUAGGGUAGGAGUGUGCCAAUUCUUUUUUGCUUUAGAGCCAUAUAACCCUUCAAUCUUAGAUUGUUCUGCAGCACACUACAAACGAAGUGAUAUGAGAGUUUUCUCUACAUAUACUGUUGUGUUGAGCGAUAUAUACAACAUUUUCAGAUCGCAUUAACGUCCCUCUGUGAUAUCAUGGAUACAUAAUACUAUCGCAUGGAGGCUCUGCACUUUUACUUAUUUGCUCAUUAAA